CACGCCUGCCAAAGACGCCUCGCGCCCGGUGCCAUAACCGUCGGCCUCGUCCGUCGCGACCGGUGGGCAUCUGGUGGCAUAAGCGUCUUGGCACAGCCCACCCGGGCGCCGCCCGCCGUCGCGAGGCCCCAGGGAGGAUCACAUUCAAUCCGAGGGAGGGCCUGCCCCAGCCACGAAGGCCCGCCGCCCCGCGGGGCAGCCCUCGAGGACAGUUCUGGCCGACGUGUGCCGGCGGCAGCCCGCGCGCCCCAUCAUCUUGAAUGUUCUUCUGCCUCGACCCGGCGGCGGGCCCGCAAGUCCUGCCACCCGGCAGUGUAUUGCCGCCGGGCGCCGUGCCCCUGCUCCAGCCGCCGCCGCCGCCCGACGCGGAGAUGGCCGACGUCUAUAGAAAGCCGCCUACCAAAAAGAAGAAGGCCACUGCGCCCCAACCGGUCUACUACCAGGCGCCCCAGCCCGCGCAGACGCGAGGCACGUCGAAAGCGGCAGCUCUCAGUACCAAGAGACGAUGGUCGAAGCACGAAGACGAAAAGUUGUGUGCAGCGGUGAAAGCCGUCGGCCUCGGCGACUGGAAGACCAUCGCGACCGUGUACAUGCGGGGCCACGAUCUCAGUGACGCGCAGUGUAUGCACCGGUGGCAGAAAGUUUUGAGGCCUGGCCUGGUCAAGGGAGCUUUUUGCGAGAAAGAAGACAAGGUGCGAUCUCGGCGUCCCGUACGGUGCCUUCAUUCGAUGCGACUCGUGUCCAUCGCACGAGGUCGUGGGUCGUUUCUUUGUCGAAUUUGAGUGAAAUGCGCCGCGCAGGUGAUUGUGGAUUGCUUGCGGGAAGGGGGGUUGAAGCGGCGGUGGACGAAGCAGGAGGACGAGAAGCUUUGUUUAGCCGUGAAAGCUGUUGGGACUCAUGAUUGGAAGAGAAUAGCGGAACAGCACCUCGCGGGCCACGGGCGGAGUGAUGUGCAAUGCUUGCAUCGAUGGCAGAAAGUACUCAGGGCCGGCCUCGUGAAGGGCGCCUUCACGGAGGAGGAGGACAAGAUCAUUAUCGCAUGCAUGAACGAGGGCGGCCUGACCUGGAUGCAGAUCGCCGAGAGAAUCCCGGGAAGGAUCGGCAAGCAGUGCCGCGAGCGCUGGACGAACCACCUCGACCCGAACCUGAAGAAGGGCGGCUGGACGCACGAGGAGGACACCAUACUAGCCGAAGCGCAGCAGCGCUGGGGCAACGCCUGGACGAAGAUCGCCAAAUUACUCCCUGGAAGGGCGGAGAACGCCGUGAAGAACCGCUGGAAUUCGGCUUUUCGCCGGAAGAAGUCGGCCAUGUUCGGCAAGGGCCCGCCGCAGGACGAGGACACGGCGACGAUCGCGCGGGCUCGCACACAAAUGGAGGCGAUAGAUAGAGAUGAACGAGAACCCUCCGACAAGCAGCGUAGCUCGAAGCGAGCCGUGGCGUCUUCAUCAGCAGUUCCUGCGCCAUCACGGACGACGCGCUCCUCAAGCGCGCCGCAGCCGAAGACUAGAACUCGGGUGAAGACCGCGGCCGACGCGUCCGCCGCUUUAGAUCGCUCUAAUUCCAUGCCGGCGGGCCAGGACUCGCCCUCGACGAUGCUCGACCUGUUCGGGGUGUGUUGCGGCGUCCUUUUUUACUUGUGGGGCCUCGUCGCGAGCGUCCUUGUUCGUUCGACUCACGGCGAUGGCGUGCGCCCCCACGCCAUCGACGCGGCGCCGCGUCGAGACGAUCGAGAGCGUCCUACGGCCGCGACUCACACGAUAAACACACAGAUGAAGGGCGGCGGCGCCCUCGACUUCGACGGCGACGCUCUAUUAGCAUUGGACGACGACGACGCGGAAGACGCGCUCAAGACGGACGACGGCGACGCGCUCGACGUCUCCUUCGAUGCAUUGGACAUGAACAUGGACGCUCCAUUAAAAGGUCCGAACGGCACGCCUCUGAGCGACAUGGACGGGUUUAGUCCCGCGAAGAACGGCAUCUCGGAGCUGUUCUCGUCGGGGCGGACGGGCCUGACGCCUUCUGGACCGAUCGGAAAAACGCCCGUUGGCGGCUACGGCGGCCCCGGCGGCCUGUCGCCGCUGCACGCCCACUACAAGGCCCAGAUGGCCCAGAAUCCCGGUGUUGCGGUGCCGAUGAGUGACGAUCUGGCCUUGCAAUUGCCAGGGACUGCGCGACCGGAAGACGACUUCUACGACCCCAACCUGAGAAGGGGCCGCUGCGAGUUCGUGUCGCCGAACGGCCAGGAGUACCACGCGGCCUGGGGGUUGCCCGCGCCGCGGGUCCAGCUGCCGCACAAGGUGUCCGCGCUGCUCUCGUCGUGCGCGUCGCCGCAGGCGCGGCGGCGCCAGGUGAGCGAGUCGCCGCCCGAGGCCGCGUAGGCGUCCUUCCUUUUCCCUUUUUGUUCGUAAGGGCCUGAAUCUUA